AUGGCAUCGUUUAGUUAUCAACUCCAACACCGACCGAAAAUGGAAUCCGAAAAUAAGAGUUUCCAACUGUGGCGGGACUACAUGAAGCUAGCGGACGCAGUGCGGGAGAUGAAGUUAGGGAACUUCACAUCAGAACCGUCAACCGUUGACGGUCAUCACUCCAGUAUAUGCUCGACCAUGGUGGAAUUUGAACAGUUCCCGUCGCGAGCCUUGCUGUCACCGAUAGCACCGGUGGCGACACCACCUCUACGGCACGAAAAGGAAUCCCUGGAUUCCAAAAUUGUCCCCUUGCGUAAAGACGCUCCUUUACAUCCGAGCAGAAGCGCGGGUCCCACGACUCCUACAGCAGCGUCCAGACCCUCCGUGGGGACCCGGGUCCAGAGGGAGAGAAAGAGGGCGACCCGCUCCAAGAUGCCGGAGGGAGCGCCAUCACCUGAGCGCCAGUCCUGCAGCUUCUGCAAACACAACGGGGAGUCUGAGUCUGUGUUUGGGUCCCACAGUCUAAAGGACCAGGAUGGGGGCGUGGUUUGCCCGUACCUGCGACAGUAUGUAUGUCCUCUCUGCGGGGCCACCGGGGCUCAAGCCCACACCAAGCGCUUCUGUCCCCGGGUGGAAACCACCUACAACUCUGUCUAUUUAGGGAACUUCACAUCAGAACCGUCAACUGUUGAGGGUCAUGACUCCGGGAUAUGCUCGACCAUGGUGGAAUUUGAAGAGUUUCCGCCGCGAGUCUGGCUGUUACCGAUAACACCUGUGACGACACCACCCCUAUGGCACGAAAUGGAACCCCUGGAUUCCGAAAUCGUCCCCUUGCAUAAACACGUUGCUUUACGUCCGAGCAGCACCGAGGGUCCCGAGCCCCCUACAGCAGCGUCCAGAUCCUCCGCGGGCACCCGGGUCCAGAGGGAGAGAAUGAAGGCGACCCGCUCUAAGACACCGGAGGAGGUGUCAUCACCUGAGCGCCAGUCCUGCAGCUUCUGCAAACACAACGGGGAGUCUGAGUCUGUGUUUGGGUCCCACAGUCUAAAGGACCAGGAUGGGGGCGUGGUGUGCCCGUACCUGCGGCAAUAUAUCUGCCCUCUAUGCGGGGCCACCAAGGCCAAAGCCCACACCAAGCGCUUCUGUCCCCGGGUGGAAACCACCUACAACUCGGUCUAUGUCAAGUCAUAGAAGCGCCAGCUCUGGUCCAGGCCGUUUACUGUGCUACCCUCUAGACCUACUAACAUAGUCAACUUGUUGUUGCGAGAUGGGUGGGACCAGAGCUAGAGAAGCGCUGGAGAGACUUCAGGCUGUUGUUUUGCAGACUUUCUUGAGCGUCUCUAAGCGCACUGUAUGCGGACAAUUGUAAGAGGAUUUACGAGUGGAUAUUUAGCUUAGACGCAGUUUGGAACAGGCUGACAAGUUUGUAGACUGUGUAAUUUCCUGUUAGUCGUGUGAUUUUUAUUAUUUAUUUCCUUGACUUUUUCUCGUGUUUUUUCAACCAUUGACGCGUAUUUCUGUGUAUUUAUGACGUGUGAUUAUUUGCGUGCAUUUAUUUUCAACACAUUUUGGGUUUUAGGUAGUUUUUUUUUACUUUAAAGUGUAAAUGUCUCUGUCUGUCUGUGACCAAACUAACUGCGUCUUUACAUGUUGCUGUGAGAUUUUGUAAAACCUCCCAACCUCUAAUACUGUGUCUACUAAUAAACCGCCCUUAUCAACAAA